UGCUAUCUCUUUAUCCAAAACCCUACACAUGUCUGCUUCUCCGUUAACUUCUGCCGAUAAAGCCCGCGUUUUGCGUGAGCGUCGUGCUGCAAAGAUGGCCCUGGGUACCGACCGUUUACAGAAAAUCUUGAACGACGGCGGUUCGCUCAAAGUGGCCAAGCCGGUCAUUGAGGCCAAAAGUGUCGCCGAGGCCCCUGUUGCUGUGGCCACUGGUUCUGCCCAUGAUUUCCACGACGAUCCAGAAACUUCCGAUAUUUCAGGACACACCAAGCCAUCCGACACCGAGCUCAUGAACCAGUUGCUCGGCAGCGUGGGCAGCGCGCCGGCGUCUGCGGCGUCUGACGAUGCAUUCCUUGGACUCUUUGGUAACAACCCUGAAAUGGCUAAAUUUUUCAGUGCGGAUGCAGAUGGUACGGGUGCGGGCGGUCUUUUUUCCAGUUUCAUGAAUCCCCAGACCGACGAGACCCCUAUCGAUCCGUCUGUUUCGGAAGAAGAGCGUGCGUACCAGCAACAGCUCACGGCGUUCCACAAGUAUAACUUGACCCGCUACCUCUGUGUGUUUGAUAUAGCCAAGACCGUACUCCUCGUGCUUAUGUUCGGCUGGUACUUCUUCACCACCGAUGCGCCCUUCGCGUCUUCGCACAGACACGUGCGCUUCCUCACGGACGCUCCCAAAGCGCCCCAAGUGGAUACGCUGCACACGUUCCACCGCUGGUUCUUGAUGUUUGAGCUUGCGGUGCAGUCCACGUUGUAUAUCGCGUUGUCCUCCAAGUUUGACAGCGAUUCCUACCAGUCUGACUCGUACUUGAUGAAGGGUUUGAACUUUGCCAAGGGCUUGGGCUUUUUGAAACCGACCUUGGUGCAGAAGUUGUUCAGCGUGGUCAAGUACCAGGUGAUUCUCAAGAGCUUUAUGGCUGACGUGGCCGUUCUUGUAGUGCUUUUAGGGCUCUGGAGUGGGUUCUCGGGGUUGUAAGCAUUCUGUAUUUUUGGUUUCUCAUAAAGAAUCUACUGCAUUAUUUGAUGUAAGUAUUGUAAGCUGUCCAGGUGGAUUGCGUCUUUGUACGUAAUUGGUGGUUUCAUAAGGGAUCACUCUAUUAUUAGCAUAGAACGAC